AUGAGCGACAACAUCAGAAAUUUCCGUCUUCGUGAUUUUGAAGGAAAUGAAGGUUAUAAUCGGGUCAUCUUGCAGCUCUUCGGGUUACCGGGAAAUGGGAAAUCCUCCUUCAUCAACUCCUGCAAAUUUGUCAAUCGAUGGCGGAGAGUUUGCUGCCCACGCUGAGGCUGGAAGCAGCCUUGGAGCAAAGACCACUAGAAGAAACCCUUAUGAGCUCACUGAGUCAAUACUGAUGGUGGAUAAUCGGGGGAUGCCAACACUGGACAGGUUCCAGACAGGAGAGAUUUUUGCUCAACUUGGAAAUUUGCUGCCGCUAAACCAGGAGGUGGAAUGGGUUGAGGACUAUAAUAAAAAUGUGGACAGAGUAAUG